AGAUCAGCACAAAGAUGAGAUCCUUUAUCCUUUUGACAGUACUCUCAGCGCUGGCCUGUGUACCUUCUCAAGCCCAAUUCAGCUUUCCCGGUUCGCAAUCAGCACUCGGCAACAAUCGUUUUCCCAGACAACCGGCACAAACCUCAAAUAAUGGCAUAAACAAUCCGAAUAACAUUGAUGCUGGCCUCGCUGGCAGUCGUUACCCUGCGGCAGCUGGUCUGAGUAAUGGUGGUUUUGGUGCUAGUAGUAAUUAUCCAGGCGCUCCGAGCGUCGGCGUUUCUCCAGCAUCUGCCACCAGUGGUAAUCCAAAUAAUCGCAUACUCGGUCUUCUCGGCGGUGGUGGCGGCGGUGGUCUCUUUAGUAAUUUAAUUGGCGCUUUAACUGGCAGAAAUCGCAAUCCAAUUGGUGGUGGUGGUGGCGGCGGUUUUGGCGCAUAUCCGUAUCCAGUGCCUGUACCUUAUCCGGGAUACUCACCUUAUGGACCACCUUCUCCUUAUGGUCCUGGAUUUGGCUAUCCCGGUUUUGGUGGUAGUUAUUAUGGUUAAAAUG